AGUAUCAGUCUAACUAAGGACACAGCGAAAGAAAUACAUACAAUUUAAAGUUUAAACAAUCAAAAUGAAAUUCCUCAUUGUUCUCUCAAUUGCUAUUGUGACAGUAACUGCUCAACAUGGACAUCAUGGCCAUGGAAGUGGAAAUCUUGGUGGAGGAUUUGGUGGCAAUCAAGGAGGAUUUGGUGGUAGUCAAGGAGGCUUAGGCGGAUUUGGUGGAAGCCAAGGAAGUCAUGGAAGUCUUGGCGGUAGUCAAGGAAGUCUUGGUGGUAGCCAUGGCGGACUUGGAAUAAGCAAUCAAGGAGGAUUGAGCGGAAACCGAGGAGGAAUUGGCAGCAGCCAAGGAGGUUUUGGUGGAAGUCAUGGAAAUAUUGGUGGUAGUCAAGGAGGAUUUGGAGGAAACCAAGGUAGCUUUGGCGGUAGCCACGGAGGAUUAAGUGGAAAUCAAGGAGGUUUUGGCAGUAGUCAUGGAGGACUUGGUGGUAAUCGUGGAGGACUCGGUAUUGGUAGCCAAGGUGGAUUUGGUCACUAAGAAACAUUUAAUUAAGACGAAUUGACUGUUUUUACGAAUAUAAACUAUGAUAAGCAUUGUAUAAGUAAACAAAAAUUCUAUGACUAUAAGUUACUAUUAUUUAAGUCGUUAGCAUGUCUAAUGUUAUGAAAUAAAACUUUUAAAAUUCAAAUUGAA